UCUGUAAAGUUUGUUGGUUAGAAAUGAACUGCUUAUUGUUUUCUUUGAUUUAGCUAGUUUUUGUCACCUAUUUGUUAUUUUAUCUAGUUUAAUUGUUUAAUCCUAUCUAGUGUUCUUUCAUUUAUAGUCGUAACGUCAAUUAUUUACUGUAUAGUGUCUUAUUUAAAACAUUAGUGGUGCAAGCACAUUGUUUACUAAAAGUCAAAAAUUUACAACUUUAUUGUUGUAUUAAACGUCAAAUCACUGUGAAUAAUACAGUUAUUAAUUAUUUAUUGAGAGACGAAAAUGUCGCGUCUAGACCGUCUCCAGAUCAGGGGCAUACGUAGCUUCGGCCCCGAAACGGAAGACGUGGGCGAAAUCAAAUUCCAGUCGCCCUUGACCCUGAUUUUGGGCCAAAAUGGGUGCGGCAAGACCACCAUCAUAGAAGCCCUCAAAUUUGCGAUUUGCAGCGAGCAGCCGCCCAAUUCGAAAUCGAAAAAUGGCGGCAGUGCUUUCGUCCAUGAUCCGAAAUUGGGCAAUUCGUCGGAAACGAUGGCACUGAUCAAGUUGAGGAUCUUUGACGUCCAUAGCAAACCUGUGGUGGUGUCAAGGACUAUGAAGAACACGCAGAAACUGAAAAGCAUGGAGUUCAAGACUAUCGACCAGACUAUUACUUAUGAAAAAAAUACGAUUAGCAACAGAUGUAUUGAUACUGAUGAGCAGAUGUGCAACUUCAUUGGAGUUUCAAAGCCAAUUCUCAACUAUGUCAUAUUUUGCCACCAAGAACAGUCGUGCUGGCCAAUGGAAGAAGGCAAAACAGUUAAGGAGCGGUUCGAUCAGAUAUUCGACGCAGAUAAAUACAACAAAUGUUUGGAAAAGAUACGGAAAAUGAGAUCAACGCGAGUCACUGAAAAUCGGCUGACCGCCAAAGAUGUGGAAUACUUGAAGGAUAACUGGGAGACAGCGUUGCAGUAUAAGGAGAAACUGGAGACAGAGCAGGCCAAAUUGGUCGCCUGUGAAAACACCAUGGAAGCGUGUGCUCGCGAACUCUCAAAGGUUGAAGACUGA